CAUUCGUUCCUCAAAAAAUACCCGCCUGAUUUACCUGACAAUGUCCUGUCCAUCAAAAAUGAAGAAUGUCCACAAAAGCUUAUUCCAUUAGAAACUGUGUGCUCUUCAUGUCCAGGAAACAUAGUUCUUGGCCCACCAGUUCUCAUCACAAAACAAGCACAGAUUGUGUCUUUGACAGGUGUUCUGAAAGGUGUCCACACCUACUGCAAAGAAUGUAGCAAAUGUGGGAUGCUUUGCAGAUACCAGGAGUAUCAGGAUGGUUUGCAUAACUUUGAUGACGGCGUCAUUUUGACAUUAAAUCUGUGCAUCUUCCUACGGAACUCACUCCAGGCUCACACAGCUGUUGGGCGAGUUUUUGAAGCCCUAGGAGAAACUUUGAAAACUGUUUUGCCAAGCAGGGAUCGGCUUCUUCAUGCAUAUUUGCAUUUUGAAGCUCUCACGGCACAUGAAUGCAAAUAUUCUUGUGUGAACUGUGGAAACUUCCCACCUAUAGUGGUGAUGGAUCUCCACAAGAAGGAGGUGUUCGGCAUGCCAUGUAACAGGAAGAAUCCUUUCAGUGUCCAGCCCAGCGAUCAAUUUUGGGCACCUUGGAUUGGGCGAGGCACACGAAGGUCCGACAUAGUGCUGAACACAGAAUUUCUGAAAGCUCAAGGUCCAAGACACUCAGCAGAGGCAGAUGACAUCAGUGUAACAGAAGACAGACUUACAAAUGAAUUGAUCAAUUUGAAGGUGGUUUGGCUGCCAUCAUGUGUCCCUGCAGUGUUGUGUACAGCUUGAAGUUCAACAUUAGAGCAGAAGGCCCUAGAGACUUUGCUGAUAUGCUGCUGUCGUGGAAACAUCUGCCCAAUAUAUCAAUAUAUGACUUUGCAAGAGGUCUUGUAAACCACACUAAUGUGAGACAGCCAGAACAUCUACCAUUCCAGCCACAUGAAGGCCGUCUUGCUCCUCCGACAUCUGAGAACAUACAGGCCGCCAAGGACAAAAAACUGAAGAUCCAUCUUCCAUGACUUUUGGAGCCAAACACUGACAGUGAUGAAGAUGACAGCCAUCCAGUUACAAAGUCCUCUCAACAUUAUGUCUUGUGUGACAAGCUACAUGAAGGUAACAGCAAGGAUGCGAAAGACAUGCUCAGGAGGAUUGAACUUGUACCAGAGCUAGCAGGUCCGCUCAACAGCCAAGUGGUUGAACAGUUCUUCUCAGAGAUGCGGAAGAACAAUUACUUCCUGAGCAAUAUGUCACCUUCAGCUCACGUAUUUCUGGUGCGAAACAUUGUUCACCACUAUAAUGAAAAAAAAGAAAGACAAACCAUUGCGAAGCUGAAAAGCAAUGUGAGCAAUGUCGGCAUCACACUGGACACACUUGGGAGGGUGGUAGCAGCUCCACAGACCUCAGUGGACACACCACAGACCUCCCUGGACACACCACAGACUUCAGAGGAACCCACAAGAAGUCUUACCGGACCAACUUCUGAAAGGGAAGCUUCCCUGUGUGACAUAAAGCCACAGAGAUCAUGCUGGGGUUUGAAACCUAGUUCAGCACAACUAAAUAUGCUGAAAUAUGUCUUGGACCCCAGAAGAAACCCAGAUGAAGCCAUUAUAUGGACCCAGAUGACUGAAAUACAUCCAUUUACGUUGAAACGGGAUGACUUUUUGACCCUGGGCUUUGCACAGCCUUUGGAGUCCACAAUAGCAAAUUGCUGUUUCAGAUCAUCACCCAAAUAGCCUGAUCACAGGGAAAGGAUGUAUAUGCAGUGGAUUGCUAUGUGGUUCCAUGGCUACAUCACUUUGUCCAGAUACCUCAACUUUUCCGUAUGCUCUUUACAUUGUGCUGGGGGGAGAUUUUGACUUCACAAAUGAUGACAUGGCCACAAUCAGGACAUGGUGGUGCCUGUUGCUCCUGUCUGGUCAUUCAGUUGUCCGGUUAGCACAGAAAAGGACAGCUGAAGAUCCCACUAUAACGGUGGAUUUGCAGGAGGCAAAGAGGCCCAGGACAAUCCCUCCGGAGUCGGAAACUGUCAACCUGUUACAUCAAAGGGGGAUACUGGAGAUGCCAAGAAUUUGUCUGGAGGAAAUAUUUCUGGAGGUGGUCCUCCAUGAUGGUGAUGCAACACUGCUUACCUUGGCCCUAGUGUGCUCCUCUUUUAGAGACAUUGUCUCUAAUAAGUGGUUCAGGGAGAGAGCACACUUUCUGUGGCUUGACAGUGUUGCUACUUGGAGCAAGUUCUCCAGCAUGUACAAGCAGGAGUUCUACACCAUGUACUCUGUAAAAAACUGCAUUCAGUGCAACUGCACAUUUAAGAGCUGCAUGCCAGGUUAUGUUGGACGUGGAAAGUUGGGAGAGCUCCGGGGGAUUUAUUCAGACAAUCCCCACCCUGGAUUUUGCAGCCAGUUCUGCCAAUUGCAGUCUGGAUGUUUUUAA